AAAAGGGUGUGUUUCAGAAACAGGUUACAGAAAUGAAAGCACACCAAACUGAAGAGGCUUUAUCUUUUAGCGUCUUCUUAUAAACCUUAAAAAUGAGGGUUAUUUGUGUGACUCUCCUGAUUCUCUCCAGCUUUGUGGAAUCUCAAUCAGUGGGAUUACAGGUGGUUGGUCCAGAAGCUCCUCUUGUUGCUGUAGCUGGUGAAGAUCUGGUUCUGCCCUGUUUUCUCAAACCCAACACCAGCGCUGUGGACAUGACAGUGGAAUGGAUGAGAGUAGAGGAAGGAGCUUCAUUAGUGCAUCUCUAUCAGGAUCAUGAAGACAGAAAUGAAGAGCAGUCUCAGCCCUACAGAGGAAGAACAUCAUUAUUUAAAGAGGAGCUACAGAAGGGCAACGCUUCACUCAAACUCUCGCCUCUCCAACUCUCUGAUGAAGGAAGCUAUAAGUGUCUCAUUGAUGACAAAUCCUGGUUUGAUGACAUCACUUUUCACAUCACUGUCGAGGCUCAGGGAAGCCACCCAGUGAUCAGGAUGGAGAGUUAUGAUCACUCAGGAGGGAUUAAUCUAGUGUGUGAGUCCAGAGGCUGGAAAGCUGAACCUGAGGUUGUGUGGCUGGACAGAGAAGGAGCCGCUCUGCCUGCUGAAGAUACACAGAUACACAGAGACACUGAGGGCUUCAGUGUGAAAAGCCGCAUCACUGUUUAUGAUUAUAGCGCCUCCAACAGAUAUUAUUGCAGACUUCUACAAGAACAUCACAUGAUGGAGACAGAGGUCAUCAUUAAUCGUAAAGUCUUUGAUGCUUGGAGGUGGGUUGUCGGUGUUUCUGUUUCAGCAUGUCUUAUUGCUGUCGGAUCGAUAGUAACUGCAGUUCUCUGUUACAAGAAAGAGCUUCAAAAGGAGAAGAGAUACGCAGAGUUUAUAAAAGGGUUGUUGGCAGUGGAUGUGACUCUGGAUCCUGAUACAGCUCAUCCUGAACUCAUCCUGUCUGCUGAUGGAAAACAAGUGACAGAUGGAGACCAGGAGCAGAAACUCACUGAUACACCACAGAGGUUUGAUUGGUAUCUCUGUGUUGUGGGAAAGCAGAGUUUCUCCUCAGGGAGAUUUUAUUAUGAGGUGCAGGUCAGAGGGAAAACUAAGUGGAGAUUAGGAGUUGUGAGAGAGAACAUUAACAGGAAGGGGAGCAUUACACUGGAACCUCAGUAUGGAGUCUGGACUGUGGAACUGGAUGAUGAGAAUGAGUACUGGGCUUAUGCUGAUCCCCCUGUCCACCUCCCACUGAGAAAGAAGCUGGAGACGGUGGGGGUGUUUGUGGAUUAUGAUGAGGGUCUGGUCUCCUUUUAUGAUGUGAAGUCCAGAUCUCAUAUCUACUCUUUCACUGGUCAGUCUUUCACUCAGAAACUCUAUCCAUUCUUCAAUCCUUGUGAUAAUGAUGGAGGUAAAAACACAGCCCCACUGAUCAUCUCUCCUGUAUUUAAACCUGAAUGAAUUUUCACCUCACAGAUUUAAUCAUCUAUUAAAUGGUGAGAAUCAAAAGAAAUAUUUUACUUUUUCUGGUGAAUGUUAGAAAGACAUUUCCCCUUUUAAAGUGCUGUACAGUUUAUUUUAAUGCCUUUAAAGCGUUUCUGUUGUAGGUAUCAUGCCGCCAUCUUGUGUCAGAACUACAAUUCCCAGGCAACUUCCAUGUGACCUACAUCACACGUGGGCGGGAUCACCUACGUCAGUCUGCCAUGCACACACAAAUCCAAGCGGAAGCUCCACCAUCUUUGUCUCUCACGUCUGGCUUCCGAUGAAUCUGGACGUAUAAAGAGGCGCUCUCCACCCAAAAAGACGUCUUCUUUCUUGCAAGAUCCAUCACUCAGCGCGAUUUUCUUACCCUUGGCAAAGGUAAACUCUAGAGUCGCGCGAUCUUUAAACUCAACCUGAGUUAUAACCGGUUUACUUGCAUUAGAAGUGACGUCACGACUGCAGCCCAGGCAGUUAAAAGUUAAGAAGCGAUUGAAUCCUUUUUAACUCAAAAGCGCUGUGCAUCUUAUUCUGAUCAGAGACUUUUCCUCACGAACGCUGAGGUUCGGACCAAGAAUCCUCUGCUUUCCACGGGAACCACCCAAGUGCUCCGCUGGACCAGAAAGUUUUCUCCGCCUCCAUCACGAGCGGCUCACGUGCUCCCACGGCGAGGCCUGAAGCUACACCGGCGAAUAGUUCUUCAUAUCUUGCUAAAGGCAGGAUUAAGUAAGAUUUUGGCAUUUGGGCAUAAUUAAGAUAGUCUUAGGAAUUUGCUUUUAUUUGGAAUAGCGUGAAUUUAAACCCAGGUUUAUCUGUUACACUGUUAGACCCGCAGCGUGUUGAUUUAUUUUGGUUCUAUUUUCAAUUGUUUAAUAGAUAGGCUGCACAUGCUUCUCUCUUUUAUUCUUACUAACAUUAUAAUUUCAUUAUUAUACAUCUUGACCUCAUUAAGAUUUCAGUGGAUUCAGUAUGGUUAUGAGCUAGUGGGUUAGCUACAGUUUCCCUUUGUCUUUAGCAACACAUGCUCAGUAGGCCACACCAGGCCUAACAAACACACUUUAGCAAACACACUAGCAACACAAGGCUAAUCUAGGCCUCCACCACAUGUAGUUAGCUACACGAGGCUAAACACAUGGUCAAGUCCUACCCACACACACACACACACACACGAGUAAAGAUUAGCAACAGAGCUAACCUAUUGUUCUACUUGGAUAACAUUCUUUUGUUUAGCUACCAACAAGCUAGGCCUCCACCACGUGUAGUUAGCUACACGAGGCUAAACACAUGGUCAAGUCCUACACACAUCCACACACACACCUCACCGCUUGUAUAUAUUGAUUUAUUAUUUUAUCUUUUUAUCUUUGUAUAAUAAAUUCAUUUAUUAAACAAACUGUUUGUGUGAACAACAA